AAUAAAAGAUCAAUUAUAAAGUCUAUUCAAUAAUCUAUUUUUUUUAUAUACAAACACUGUCCAAAAAUUCACGGAACAGUUUUAUAAUAUGUACAUUUUUAUAGAAAUCACCGGAAACAUGUUAAAUAAAUUCUACCUAUCCACCAGGUGAUUCACGUAAGACGACAAAUCUUACAAAAAUAAAAUGUACAGUGAUGGACAGUGAAUUUCGUUCACCCAAUUUCCGUGAAUUCACGUGCUUUAUUGUCUUGAUAACUGACAUUCAAAUACGUUUUAUCAAGUUUAAUGAAAUUCGAAAUUGCCAGCAGUAAGUGCGUUUAAUAAAAUAACAAUUAUCUCCCUGGUACAAGAAGGUAUGUCCCAAAGACAUGUGUCUAAACGUUUGGUCAUACCAAGGACUACCAUUUCAAAGGACAAAGGUAAAAAGUAACAAGGAGCAUCGAGCAUGACAAACGUUAAUCAAAAUUCUGCGCGCGUUGGAAAGGAAACUAAGUGCUGAAAAGGGGGAAAAUAUUAUUGUUGAACGCUGCGGAUUAUUUAUUGACAGGAAAGUUUUUUUUGGGAGCAUUGCCAGACGGUAUCAUUAAAAAGGAAGAAAUGAUUGUAGAAAUAAAAUGUCCGUAUACAGCUUUUAAACAAAAAUAUGCACCCGAGGAAGAAAAAAGAAACUAAUAACGUUUUGGAAAAUUAAAUCCGAAAAACAAUUUCCAAAUUUGUUAAAAUUUUGAAGACAACACAAGUUUUAUAGUUUAAAACUCGUAAUGCUGGUAAGUCGUACUUAAAUCCAUAACUUCUUCAAAACAUUUUAACAACCUUAUGUUAUCGAAUGUUUGACAAAAUAUAUUUUAAAGUUAUACAAUUUUCUUAAAAGAACAAAACAAAUAGUGAAAUAGCUGGCUUAUCUCUAAUCAUAAAAUUACAUCGUCAAUUGUUUAUUUUUGGCGAAUAAGAAAUCAUAAAAGCAUUCAUCUUAAAAAAUAAUGGGAGUGUUAGUUAUACAAUUGUGUAUAUAAGAAUGUAUGCACCGUCCUAAUAAACUUUGUUUAAAUUAAGGUGAAUUGGAACAAUGAAACGACUAGCGUUGAAUUUUCUAGUAGUUUUUGUAAUACAAUUUAGUUUAGGAAAAGAUACCAAAUGUGAGUCAAAUGGAUUUACUUGUAUUGACUCAGAACACUUUCAACAAUGUAACAGAAACAAUGUCAACAAUACUUUAAUUAACUCCCCUAUAGCGUGUCCUAAAAAUCAUAUCUGCGAUGUAGUAAACGGUUCAGUGACAUGCACACUUAUCAACGUGGUACCAAUAAGUGCAGACCUGGAAGAUAAAACAUGCACAAGUCCUUCAAAAUUUGAAGCUCCCUUACGCUACCAGUACUACGAGUGCGUUCAAAACUGGUUCCGGUGGGAACUCGUGUUAAAAACUUGCCCUCAAGGUGAACUUUUUGACCUAUCUCUUGGUACUUGUGCUAUACCACCACCCGUCACAAAACCAAAAUGCAAAGAACCUGGAAAAUAUCCAGCCCUUCAGUGCUUCCAGUACUUCGAAUGUGUCAGAAAAUGGUGGUGGUGGGAGACUAAAUUAAGGAAUUGUCCAAAAGGACAAGCUUUUGACCCUUUUACCAAAACUUGUGUCUGCGCUGGAGUACUGAAAUGUUCUUUACCUUCUAGUGGUAUCUCGUGUGAAGGUCCAGGUACUCAACUCGGUUUUAAUUGUAGCGAAUAUUACGAUUGUACCAAAUUCUUGUGGUGGUGGCAGCCAGUUCUUAAAAAGUGUCCAGAUGGUCAAAUUUAUGAUACAAAAACAUGUCAAUGCGCUCCUGAAGCAGAAGCUGAGUGCUCACCAAGAAAAUGUGAGGGAUAUAAGAAAUACCCAGCAGAAACUCAAAAUCAAUACUACGAAUGUACACUCAAAGAAUCAGGAGUUGAGUGGGAACUACAGUUGAAGAACUGUUCAUUGGGAACAUACUACUCUAAUCUUAAAGAAAAAUGUGUUUUUCGAUUUUUUUAAUUUUCUUUAUUAAGUAUAGUAAAUGUUUAUUCUAUUCUACCGAAUUUCGCCAAUAACUUACUUUAAUAAUUACAAUUUAGUUACAAUUAAUUCUAACCAGAAACAGCUUGAUUAAACAAUGUUUUUUGAAAAAGUUUGUUUUUUGUCUUUGGCUAAAUCAAUAAAACAGUAAUUGUAUAACCUAUAUAUUCAAUUUUUUAAAAACACAUUAAUAUACAUAAAAUUUUGAAACUGCUGAAAGUAUUCACAAAAUUUACAAUUCAUUAGAAAAAAGUUUUUUAAAAAAUUAAAAAACGUUGCAAGCAAUUGUUGCAAGUUCUAUUCUAUUUUAUCUCCCUCAAAAUAUAGUCAAAAUCGCCCUAUUGAUGAACUUGGUCAUGAAAAAAUUUACUAAAUGUUGGUGAAAUUGCUUAUCCGUUAACAUCUAUUCUGUGGCUGAUAUUUCUUAAAUGUCAAGCUAUUUGAUUUCACAGCAAAUGACUUGACAUUUGACUUAUGUAAUAUUUUUUUAAUUUAGAGUUAAUUUAAUAAUUUGUAGUUUAAUUUGAACUUUGUGUUAUCAACAUAAAUCCAUGUAACUUGUCUAGUGCAAACUAUUUGAUUUUUUCUGAACUUUUGGGACAAUUUAAAUGAGAGUUUCUGGCCUUGUAAUACAAAUAACUAUUGGGAACCGCACCUUGAAAAAAUAGUGUGUAAUGAAUGUUAUUUCAUUAUUUGUAUAAUUUUCUUGGAAAACGUAAUAAUUAAGUAAUUUAUAUAAAAUUAAAAGCAAAAAACAAAUAGUGAAAUAGCUAGCUUAUCUCUAAUCAUAAAAUUACAUGGUCAAAUGUUUAUGUUUUUCGGCGAAUAAAGAAUUAUAAAAAGAUU